GCGCAGCGGGCGGCCAUGUUGGAGCGGCGGAGGCGGCGCAGAGGUGCGUCCUGGGUCCCCGCGGCGGCGCCGGUCUGUGUCUUAUAUUGGGUUUGAACUCCAAGACUAUAGCUAGGAAUCAGGCCAUUGAGUACCCUGUCUACGACUGGUAAGCAGGAGAUCAACCACCCCCUGCACUGGAACGUUGGCAGCUGGAUUUAGAGCCAGAUGGGUAGAUGUUACUGCUUCCAGGAGCCCUUCCCUAACCUGUUAGAAGCUGACUUGGAUAAGACCAUAUACUCCCAAGAACCUUUAAUGAUAGCCGUGUCUUCACUUCCGGACUGGGCUCUUUGAGGAUUGAGGUGCCAAGUGCUGGUUUGUGGAUACCCAGGCAGACCUGCUGUGCCCAAUGCCAUGAGCAUGGUACUGCAGCAUGUGGAGGAGAAAGCUGUGCACUCAUGGUCACGCAUCUCCACGGCAGGGAAGAAAGCCCUGGAAGAGGCCCUCCUGGUGUUUAAUCCCAUGAGUCAGGACCUCAGUGCCACAGAGGCCCAGCUCGUGGCCUUCCUCCAGGGUCUGCGAGAUGAUGGCUUCCAACCGACCAUUCUUCGAAGUGGGGAUGUCUAUGGUUAUAGUUCAUGCACAGCCAGUCCCCCUAGCCAGACAAAGCUACAAGCUCGUCCCAUCAACCCACCUGCCACAUCACUUCCUGCUAGGGCUCCCAAGACUGCUGUGUCAGUCCGUGCAGGCCAGGCCACCUUGCUCCCUGUGCCACUGUCUGGCAGGCUGGCUAAAGGGUCCACACCAGCCCUUGCCAAGCACACUACCACUAACCUGCUGCUGAGCUCCCUGAAGCAGUCAAAUACCAGCAACACCAGUGGCACAGUAGGCUUCCCUGCCCACCUCUACCCAGGUGUCUACCCUGCCAUGCGGCUCUCUGUGGUCCUUGAAGCACUGGUCCCACUCAAGACUCCUUGCUUGGAUGGUAAGCACAGGACACAGUCCUGGCAGCUGUCACUUGCAAAAUCACCCCUGAAACCGAGGAAAGGUUCGGGGAACCCACAGUCCAAAGCACCCCGAAGAAUCACGAGCAAGGGCCUCAAAUAUCUGACUAACAAAGGCCCUGGGGCUGGUCUCCGACGAAGUGCUGGAACCCAGAGCAAUGGCUCCCGAAUGAAAGGGCGCUCUGCUUUGGGUACCAAAGCAGUCAGUGCCAAGGCAUCUCGAACCCUGACUAAAGCUGCUCGUGCCCAGGCCAGUGUGGCUCGAACCCAGACCAAGACAGUAAGAGUCAAGGCCAAAGCAAAACCGGCCAAGCCCACGGCAGCCAGAGCCAAAACCAAGGCCACUGUGGUGAGGGACAAGGCUAAAGACAAGGUAGUCCAGGCCAAGGCCAAAGCAGCUUGGACCAAGCACAGGGGAAGGCCAAAGGGAUCUGUUCAGACCAGAACUGGAAGGCCAAGCCUAAAGAACCGCUGUGAGACUGUGGGGCAGAAGAGGAAGAAGGCCGAGGAGACCAAGGGUCUUCCUCCUAAGAAGAGAGCACGGUGUGCACUCCGAUCUCCGAAGGUGUGGCUGGGGCCUGGAACAGCAAAACCUCGAAAGUCCCAGACCAUAAAGGUAGACAGGAAAUGCUCAGAUGAUGAGGUCCGACAGUGUGCUCAACAGAUCCUCCGUGUGAAUCUCUCUCCCAUAGUCUGGCUCCAGCCAUUGCUACCGCUUUGAUUCCAUACUCAACAUCUUGAGUCCUUGCAGCAGUACUUGGGGAGAUAGCUGCCUGUAUGUCUAGCAGCAGUGUGCAGUGCUCACGAACUCUGCAGCUUCCUGGACUCCGGGUACCUCCAGGACCCCUGUGCUCACCAACAUCCUUUCAGAAACUGAGGGUUUGGGUGGGGUGGGUUGUGGUAGGGGUGUUCUCAUGGCUCUAUGCACUGUGACUUGUUCUUCAAAUUGUAUGUCUACCGUUCAUCUUUCAUGUUUUAUACCUUCCCACCUUCCGGUCUCCCUGCUCACCUUCCAUGGUCUUAUUUAUCGAUUGAUUUUGGUGUGUGAGCUAGUGGCAAUAGGGUAUCAGAAGUCUAGGAGCAAGCUUGGAGAAAGUGCUCUGGUAGCUUGAAGCAGGUCAUUAAUUUAAAUGAUAGGGUGACAUUAAAGGAAUGAUGCUCUCAGGCUUCUGGAGGGAUGUGGGGAAAUUCAGGUGCUGGUUUCUAUGAAUGUAUUUAGAGAGAUCCUGAGGGGAGGGGCAGAGCCACUAUGAGGUAAGAACCUCUCCUUGAGUGUCCCAGUUUUGAACCUGAUGGGCCCCAUUCAAAAUUGUUGGCAGCUCAGCGGGAAAUCCAGCACCAAGCAGGUUUUUAGGUCAGGGAAAGAAGUCUUUGUGGUACUGCUCUCUAGAGGCCAAGCUUUAAGGUUUUGCCUGGUCUUCCCCUGGGGGAGGGCACAUGCUUAAAAUGCUUGAAGUGCCGCUUUUCUGCUGAAAGUGACUAGCUUCAAUUUUCCCAAUUGGUGACAAGAGACUAGGCUUUGUAUCUGGACCACAAAACCUUCCUUACUGCCCAGAGAAUUUUCUCUGUGGUAACUGGUGAUGGAACCAAGGAGGCCUCUACCUGUACCUCAGCAGUGCUGUCUGACUCAUUUCCACAAGCUCCAUCUUACUCUGGGGUCCAACCUCACCAUGUCUCCUAACAUGACCUGUGUGCAUUGGACAUUGUUGGUACCUUCUGCUUUGGAGAAGCUGGGCCCUCAGUGGAAGCAGCUACUAGAAGGUAUUGCUUAGGUAGAGAACAUGUAAUCCUUGUACUUGGGAAUUUGAGUAUGAGUUUGAAGUCAGUAUCAGCUACAUAGUGAGACCCUGUCUGCCUGUCUUUUGUUUGUUUUUUGAGACAGGGUUUCUCUGUGUAGCCCUGGCUGUCCAUCUCCAGGGAUCGCACAUCCUCUAACGGCUUCCCUGAUCACAGGCAGACGAACACACGCAUACAGAUAAAUCUUAAAAAACAAAAAGACUAAUGCACAAGUCGAUUAAGCAUCAAUUCUUUGAGAAAAGGUGGUAGUAAGAGUCUUGAACUUCAGUGAUGUUGAUAAGCAAAAGAAUCAUGUGAAAUACCUUAAAAACGUAUUGGCCAGGCUGGAGAGAUGGCUCAGAGGCAAGGCUAAGGGCGCGGGUUGCUCUAACAUAGGACCUGGGUUCACUUCCCAGGGCCUAUGUGGUAGCUUACAACUGUCUGUAACUCCAGCCCUAGAGGAUCUGAUACCCUUGUCUGGCUUCACUGGGCACUAGACAGAUCUGUGGUUACAUGCGUGCAGGUAAAACACCUCUGUAGCCAGACUUUGGCUAAUUUGUGGGGUUUUUUUUCUUCUACCCUUUCAACACCCUAACACUAGGAAAGAAAGGAUAAAGGGAAAGGGGUGAAGUUAUCGUUAGCCUAGUUACCUGCUGGUUAGGGGCGUUGAGUUCUUUGGAAGAAGUUUGAUCUUUGUCAUCAGGAUAUCUCAUUUCUUCUUUGCACAGGACUACUUAACAAACCUCGGUCAACAACCACCUUUGGGGACUAGUAUUUAUAUACCCUCUGAAAAGUCUCCAGAAUUUCAAACAUCACACCAUUGCAGGAACUUCCCACAGCUAGCAAAAUCAUGCCCCUGAUAGAGCAUGAGGAAAAUUAUAGCUGCUGUGAAUGAUCUGAAGCAGCCCCAUAUCCCAUACCUGGGAUUAAAAGGAAAGCAUAUUCUUAUA